UCCAAACAUCAACUAUUCAGCACGGAUCUGGAACGGAAAAGUUAAGAGAAAAAAUGAAAUUACGCUAUCACAAGAAAAGUUUAAAAAACGUUUGGCCGUUCUGCGAUCAUACCUCCGGCGAGUCAUCCGCAACAGACAUAAGCCGACGUUUCUUCAGGUAUAGAGAUGACGAAACCGAGGGCUACAUAAAAAUAAGAACAAAAAUAUUUUUUUAUUAUUCAAAACAAAUAUGAUUGAACCAAGCUAAUGUGUUUGAAUCUUGCCUUUAGUCAUUAAGCCUUCACUAUCUAGGCAACGAUUGCGUUUUUUUUUGGUUGUUGCAACAAGUUUUAGUUUGGAAUAUUCGAGACUUUCUUAAGCCUAGUCCACACUAGGCAACUUGAACUGUGAUUUUGAUUGCUGAGACAUGUAUAUAUUUACAUGUCUGUUGCUGAAACUUGUUAAUGUUUAAAUCAAGGUCUGCCAUACUUGUUGAGACAUUCUAACUCUUCGUCCUAGGUCUAGCUAGAUGUAAACAUAAACAUGUCUCAGCAACCAAAAUCGAAGUUUAUGUUGUCCAGUGUCGACAAAACCCAAGUCUCUGGGAGAAACCUGCUUUCAAUCCACCAAAUAAAAAAAACGCAAACGUUGCCUCUUAUGAAGUAGGUUUAAGAACUAUGCGUUAAGUGUGUUUUCAAUCACAUCGCCAAAAUUCUAUAAAGAUAUAUUCUGUCAAAUGAAGCCAUAACCUACAUCUUUCUCUUUCACUAAAUUUAGAAAAUUUAUAAUCACCAUUUCUUACCUCUAUCUCCGGAAUUCCCGCCAUCGCAUAGUCAAGAUUCUUACGAAACGCUGCUCUGUACACCGCUUUUUUAUUCGCCGAUUUUUUAAUACCCGACAUUUCGAUACAACCGGAAAACACAGACCAGCUGACGACCACUACGAGUGUCAACGUAUUGAGACGCUUACAAAGUAUUUACAAAAAAAAAAAAAACGUUAAUAUGGAGCAGAAUUUGAAUGUUGAGUCGAAACCAAGAAAUAAAAGACACCAUUAUUUAACAAACUCCUUUGUAGAUAAGAAAUACACUCGGAAGGUAAGUCGUGGAGGUAAAAUUAAAAUAAAUAUUUAUAGAUCUUUCCAUUCCAGCCACCGAGUAAGAAGAGGGCUCUUGAAAAUAGUUUCAUUUCUGCGAACGAAGAUCCACAACCUGGCUGCUCGUAUAGCAGCAUUGCUGCACGCCACAUUGUGGAAAGCUUUAUAGAUUCUUCGAAUUCGGAAAAUGAGAGUUUGGAAAAUGAGAAUUUUCAACACGAGUGGGAGAAUGUUGAAAACUUCAACAUGACUGAAAAUGACCAUAGUAACGAUCUCGAUGGCGAUAAUAACUUUUUUGAUGACCAAGCAACAACACACAGCUAUGAGGAUUUUGGAGAUGCCAAUCAGGUAAGAUAGUUUUAAAAAUAUAUUCUGAAAGUUUCCAUCAAUAUUAUAACACGUUUUCCAUUUUAGGUUCCCAAUGAUGGUCAUUCUCAAAACAUCCGGUUUACAUCGAAAUUGAAAGUUGAUGAUGUUUUAUUCAUGGUUUUGAACUAUUUCAUUCGCCAUAACCUAACUCAACAGGGCCUAGUGGACUUAUUGAGCAUGUUGAAUGUAAUUUUUGGUGUCAAACAACUACCAGAACGUUUCAAAUCAUUCAAUUCAGCGGUUUCCCGUGACACUGGUGUAGCGAGAACAUAUUUCUGUUCCACAUGUAAAGCGGUAAUAGGAAAAUCAACUCCCACUUCGAGUUUUAUUUGCAAUGUUGAGGAUUGUGGAGGAAAACAGGCUGAUUUCUUCAUCACAAUUCCUAUGCGAAGGCAAAUAGAAGAGCUUUUAUCGAAAUACAAGCAUGAAAUCGAGAGCUACUCACAAAGAAUGGUUGAUGAAGGAAUCAGUGACGUAACAAACGCCAAAAAAGUCAGAGAACUUGAGCAGAAAGAGUUAGGUAGAAUCGUAACUCUUUCGGUGAACACUGAUGGAGCAGCUGCUUACAAAUGGAGCUCGAACAAACCCUGUUACCCGAUAUUUGUGGCUGUGAAUAAUUUGCCCCCGCGUUUAAGAUUCGAUAAGAAUAAUCUUAUUUUGACUGGAAUCUGGCUAAGUCAGGGAGAGCCAUACAUACCUCUGUUUUUUAAAGAUUUCAGUGAGGAAGCUCGAGUAUUGGGUAAUGGAGUUCUGAUGAAUGGCGUUUGGACGAAACUCUAUGUUGUUCAAUGUUGCGCGGAUUCGGUUGCCCGGCCGAAACUUCAAAAUGUUAAGCAGUACAACGGUAAAUAUGGAUGCUCAUACUGUCUGCAAGAAGGAACUGUGCUAAAAGGGUCCAAACAGAUAAAAUACCCCUUUCAAGAGACCAUAAAAAGAAAUGUAACUGACACCAGAAAAUCUAUGGUAGAAGCCCAUAACACUGAUACUCCGCAAUAUGGAAUAAAGGGUUUAUCCAUUUUUAUGACCAUUCCAUAUUUUGAUGUAGUGAAUGGAUUCCCUCCAGAUUAUAUGCAUGGAGCAUUGUUGGGGGUCACUAGACAGCUGUGGGAGCUUUUUUCCAACCAAUAACCACAACCAACCCUUUUACAUUGGGUUACGACUUUCGGAAGUGCAGCUUCGGUUUGCUUCUAUUCGUCCUCCCAGUUGGUUCUCACGACACCCCGGAAAAAUAGAAGAUGUAAAGAAAAACAAAGCCAGUGACUGGGAACACUUCCUUUUUCAUUACAUGUACCCCUGCCUGGUUGGCAUUCUGCCUAGAAGAUAUUUGAAUCAUGCCAUGGCUUUUUCGUCGGUAAUUUUCAAAUUACUUAAAAUAGAUUUACAGUCCGAUGAAAUAGAGAAUUCAAAAAUUGAGAUGAAAAAGUUUGUAAGAAAAUUCCAACUUCUGUACAAAAAAAACAUAUGGUUUAUAACGUGCACCUUUUGACACAUAUGGCGGAAUCAGUUGAACAAUUUGGUGCUUUGUGGAACUCUUCUUUGUUCCCAUACGAGAAUGCAAAUAGUAUGGUGCUAAAUUUCAGGACAGGGAACAACCACCCUGUCAUACAAAUUUCCCAAAAAUACAUUUUAAAUCGAGUUUGCCAUUUUGAUGCUAUACGCCAAUGUGAAUCUAUUUCCGACUACACGUUGAAUUUAUGGCAAAAAAAUUUGAGGAAAAACAGUAUGUUUGAUCAAAUGAAUUCGUCAGUAGUAUGUGAAAAUGUCAUCAAUAAAGAUUCGUACCAGGGGAAAAAAUUUAGUAAAUGCAAUAUAAUGUUUAUAAAUGGAACUAAAAUUUGCACUGAGGAUUAUUGCCACAAAUUUUCAUACGACGAUUCCUGCAUUUAUUUAUCAGGAGAUUUUUUUAUAAUUACAAGUAUUCUUAUUGACGAGUUCAAUUCAAUGUUUAUUAUAGGAGAAAAAUUGAAUGUCCGUAGAUUUUUUGACAACAUGUUUAGCUUUAAGAGAACAAAUUUAAAAUAUGUUAAGUCUGUGAAUAAUUCAAUUCGUAAUUGUGUUUGUGUUAUAGUGCGUUUGAAUAACAAAAUUGUGAAUUAUGUGUCUGUAUGUAAGGCUAAAACGCAAGUAGAUUAACAAUAAAACUAUGUAGAAUUUCAAUUAAACGAAUUUUUAUUUUUGUAACAACGAUUG